CAAACAGUUAAGGUUGGUGAGUGUGUGUUUAAAGUUCUUUUUUUUUUUGUUUUUUCUUAAAAGAUAAUUAGUAAUAAAUUCACCAGGCGGAUUUUAAGAUGAAUAGGUGUUUUAUAAAUGAUACACCUCUUAGGACUCUGCUAACAUCGUGGAAUUGUGAAAAAUUAGUGGAACAUAUUGAGAAUGAAAGCAUUGAUAUUGCAGAACUGGAAAUGAUGAGAAAGGAACACGUUGUAGAACUUUUACGUAAUUACCGUAUGGGUAUUCGGAUUCGGUUUGAAUAUUACUUCGAAAAUUGGCGACGUAGUAUAAACAAGCCUGUUGCCAAUAUUAGUACGGUUUAUAUGAACACACCUCCAAGUGAAUCUAUAUAUAAUGAAAUUCAAUUUGGCUAUGAACACAAUUCGAAAUUGAAAGAAUCAGUUAGUAUUGGCGUAAAUACUGAUCCGGUCGAAACAAAUAUAAUAUCUCUUAAUCUACCUCCUCCACCAUUAUUAGCACUUCCACCAUCCAUUAAGAUAGUACCGAUAAUAAAUAAAAGUUUGGAAGUACAAAAACCGAAAGAAGUGCCACAAAAAUCAAAAGUUGACAUUAUGGACUUCUGUCCACCAUCUAACACUCGUAGAACAAAUAAAGUAGUUAGUAUACCAAAAUUUUCGGUAUUAGAUAUAUUGAAGUCUGCAGGAUUUAGAGGCUUCGAAAUACUUGAAUCCUAUAACCAAAAUAAAAUUAUGACACCUGAACAUCGCAGCACACUUAUGACUUUGAUGGUAGAACAUUUCAUAAAGACUAAUGAACAUUUAUCAUUACCCGCUAAUUAUGAGAUAGAACGACAGAUUUUAGAAUUGUUUCCAACUGAAAAGCUUAGGUAUUAUCGGACCGCAAGGCGUGGUAAAAUUUAUAUCAGAUACUAUAAUUCCAAAUGCUGCAAAAAACAAAGAAAUAUGGAAAAUAAAAACACUCAAUCCUUUGUUCCUUCAACUGUCAACGAAAGUGAUAUCAUGGAAAAUGUGAGUUUGCUUAGUGAUGAUGCAACCCAAGAAUCUGAUGUAUAUAGCGAACCUACAGAAUUUGAGGAAUUUAAUAUUAAGACUGAAAAUGAUGAAAAUGAUAUGGAAUAUAUCAUAAGUGACGAAGAAUAAUAUACAUUCCGCUUAUUUGUAUAGUUUUAUUUACACUAUGUGUAAAACAUAUAAAUUUGGAUAGUGUUUGAUUAGUACAAUGAUUUAAAAAACUUGAUCAUAUUUCAGCGUUGUAACUAAUUUGAUGGAAUGUUGAAAACCGUUUUUGAUUUCAUCGUUUUGAAUGAAUUCAUUUCUAGUGAUGAAAUUCACUUUAAUUUAAAGAUUUGAAAAUAAUCAAUGGUGAAAAUGAAAACAAUGUCAAAUCUGUGAUUUUUUGUCGAAGCUGUAAAGACAAAGGAGAAGUUUACAUCACCUGCUGCGUUAUUGCUUUGAUGACUUUUUAGAUUUUUAGACUGACUUCAUAAAUCGAUGGAUGGAUCUUCAAUAACAUCCCAAUGAGAUAGUUGGCAAACUCUAUAUUUAUCUUUACGAACAUUCCAAUGAGAUAGUUGGCAAACUCUAUGAUAGCAUCGAGUUGGUUUUCAAUAUUGUGAUGUGGGAGAGAAAACAUUCUAUAAACGAUAUCACGAUGGUCCGGUAGAUGGUCUAAAUGUGUUGAUGGAAACACUGUGCAACAGAAAUGAAGUCUCUUUUUUCUUUUCUAAUGUUUAAGUGUUUAACAUUAAUAGGAUUGCAUAAAGAAAAAUUCUUAUAAUUAUUAAGGUUGUUUAUUAAGAAAUGUUUGAAAAACACCACUUUUGCGGAGGAAAGAGAGGAAUUUGACAAAGGACGCCUAAGGCAAAUUUUUGUAUCUAUUUAUUUGUUGCAAAUUUGCCGAAGUCAUAAAAUUUGUGCAUUUUAAUUUAAAAACCACAAUUAUAGUAUAAUUUUAUAGUAUAUUGCUAGAAAUUUAGAUGUCUAGCAGAGUAAUGUGGUGCAGAUUUGAGCUCAACAGCCUCAAACUAAACUAAAACCGUUGAAAAAUUAGAAAAUAGAAUUUGUUGUCCUACAGUGUAAUUAUAUGGGCUUCAAACCUAACCUAACAUUAUUGCCCUAAAUUCUGUUGUUGAUUUAAUUAUUUUUAUAUAGCGCUGUUUGUUAUUGUAAUCUAAAACAAUAUUUUGAGAGUUUUAAAUAUCUUCAGUAAAGGAAAAUUAAUGUCAUCAAGUCUAGAGAUAAUCUUAUUUCCUUAUUUGAUGAAUGGUCAAUUAUGUUUGGCGUCUCUUUUAAAUAGAUGAUCUAGU